AUGGACGCAGCUCAGGACUUUGACGAACCGUUCGACUCGUCUUCUCAGGCUUCCUCCACUCAGACCUCGACCAUCACCUGGAUAAACUGGUUCACCUCCCUACCUGGACAUGACUAUUUCUGCGAGGUCCUGGAGGACUUUAUCGAGGAUGACUUCAACCUCACAGGCCUUCAAUCGAUGGUGCCAUUCUGGAAAGAAGCACUAGAAAUGGUGCUUGAUGUUGAAGCAGAAGACGACACCGCCAAGAUACCCGACGUGACGAUAGUCGAGAACUCGGCUGAGCUAUUAUACGGCCUGGUCCAUCAACGAUUCAUCUUGACUAAGCCUGGAUUAGCAGCUAUGCUUGAAAAGUACGAGCAAGGCCACUUUGGAGCCUGUCCCCGAGUCUUCUGCCACGCGACACAUGUCCUUCCUUGCGGACGAGCAGACAUGCCCGGCGUGGACACCGUUAAGCUCUACUGCCCGAAUUGCGGCGACAUUUACUCUCCACCAAGCAGCAAAUACACUGGCAUCGAUGGCGCCUUCUUCGGCACGACCUUCUCCCCCCUCUUCUUCCAGACCUACUCGGAACUCCUCUCCGCCCCCUUCUGCCCUCAAACAUCUACCGUCUCCACCCCCAUCCCGCCAGCCUCGGCAUCCGGGCUCGACUCGCGCGAUCCAUCCCCCGUCCCCUCCAUGUCGGCGCGUCCGGGCGGAGAGACGUAUACCAACCCGGACCCGCACGGUGGGCAGAAGAGCGCGCUGGGCAAGGUGUACGCGCCGAGGAUAUAUGGGUUCAGGGUGAGCGAGCGGGCACGGAGCGGGCCGAGGAUGCGAUGGUUAAGAGAAAGACCGGCGGCGUGGGAAGAAUUGGAUUCGGUGGAUCAUCGGGGGAGGUGGGUGGGGGCAGGCGGUGUAGGGGUGAAGGAGGAGGAAGAUGUCAAGGGGGAAAAGGGACGAUUGUUUGAUGAUGACGAUGAGGUCAAGGAGGAGGACGGUGCCGAAGAGGAGGAAGAGGAAGAAGAGGAGGGUGCGAAGAUGGAGGUGGCAGAGCCGGUGAAGGAGGAGAGGAGGAUACCGUCCAUGCCGCCAAUGAAGGUGACCAAGCCAAAAGGGUCCCCAGGGGGAAGAGGGAAGGCGGGUGGGUCAAGAUAG